UCUCUCUUUUGAAAUCGAGAGUCUCGCUUUGUUUAUUAUAAAUUUGUCUUACGUGUUACUAUUUUCACGUGAUACUACUAUCUUUUUAAAUUUCUGAUUGUAUAUUGAUUUGUUUAUUUUUUCUUCUUUUCUUUUUUGGUAACGAAAUAUUUAUCGUUGUUCCGUAUUAUAAAGUAUAUAUUAAGAAAUAUUUGUCCAAGUUGUAGUAAAUUUUCUCUUUCAGUAUGACCUGGCCGAGCUGUACUUAGUAGCAAAUAUACUGUAAUUAACUCUUUCGGUAAUAGAUUAAUCAUUUCGUAACGAAAUACGGUUGAGUAAUUUCAAGUGCGUUGGUAAUAUUCGCUGACGCGUGUUAAAUAAUUAACGUGAACUCUCUCUCUCUCUCUUUCUCUCUCCUUCCCUCCCUCCCUCUCUCUCUCUCUCUCUCUCUCUCUCUCUUUCACACACGCACUCCCACUCUAUCACUUUCUCACUCGCUCGCAUCUAUCUAUUUUAAAAUAUUGUAAUAAUAGUUUAACCAAAUUAGAUCGUGCUUUAAUUAUUAUUAUUAUUAUUAUUAUUAUUAUUACUAAUAUUAUUAUUAUCAUCAUCAUUAUAUGUAAAGCGUAAUAUAAAUUAAAGCGUUUAUACUUUAUAUUCGUCAAAAUUUAAACGAAAACAUCAAACGAGAAGAAACAAAUUGUAAUAUCAACAAGAAGAACAGUAACAAGGAACAAUCUUGGAAGAAAUUAUUGAUACAAUACAAAAGGAAGCACUUGUAAGAAAGAGAACUGAAUGAGACUUGGAAAUCGAGAUUCGAGGAGACACACGACGAAAAGAGGUUAAAGAAGUAAGCUCGUAGUAAAAAACUUCACAUAAAUAUCGUCGUUGAUUAUGGAAAGUUGAACGAAAAUGGUGUUGAGCGUGUUGCUGCCUCUACUACUACUUGUAACAACUUUAAUUUAUCUCAUAAAUUCUACCGAUGCAGUAAAUACUAUAAACACCACCACCACCACCACUACCACCACUACCACCUCCACCACGGUGGGGAAUGGAAAAAGUGAUGAUGAUGAUGGUACGAAGGAUGUUAUCAGACGUGGGGAACUCGUGACAGAUGUCCUUGCACAAAAUGGCGGUACUGCUGUACUUCCUUGCAUGUUUACUCAUCCUGGUUUAGUAACAUGGAUAAGAAGGAAGGAUAAACAAUUUUUAACAUUAGGGAGAAUCACGUAUUCCAUAGACACGAGAUUUAUCGUCUUACCCGAUAAACCUAAUUGGAAUUUAUGGAUUAAGAAUGUUAAACACGAGGACGGUGGUAUCUACGAGUGCCACAUACAAUCGGAACCAAUGAAACAACGAUUGAUUCGUUUAAAUAUUACCGACGCCUACUCCGUCAUACCUGGAAGUCCAGACUUACAUAUAAAACAGGGCUCGAACUUACGUUUGGAAUGUCGAUUGAUGGCAGCUGCUGAAACACCUAGUUACAUAUUCUGGUAUCGCGAUGAUCGUAUGAUCAAUUAUGAUAAUGAGCCUGGAGUUAAAGUCGAGGCUACGAAAAAUGGUUCGGUUCUUCUAGUAGACAAAGUUAAAUUGUCCCAUGGUGCUAAUUAUACUUGUUCACCGAGCAAUGCAAAGCCAAGUUACAUCAGGAUACACGUUAUCGAAGAAGAAGAAAAUCUAGCAGCCAUGCACGGUGGUAGCGAGAGAAGAAAUUCAACGUCGAAUACGAGGAACAACGUUUGGUCCAUUUAUUUUCUUCUUUUAUUUUCUGUAGGAGCUUUCGAGUUAGUCUUUCGGAAAAAUUCCUUAUCAACUACGUGACUGUCAAUUUAAAUAAAUCUAGGUAUAUACAUAGGAUCGUUGUAAGUUUUAUCAAGCAUUAAUAAUAAUAUUAUUAAUAAUAAUAAUAAUAAUAGUAAUAAUAAUAAUAAUAGUCAUCAUCAUCAUCAUUAUCGUAAUAAUAUCAUUUCUUUUCAUCGAUUAAAUAUAAUAAUUAAAAUUUGAAUCAUUCGCAAUUUAAUAAUCGAUACAAUUAAAAGAGAAAAUUGAAAUCUAAAGUUGAAAUAAAAAUUCUUAUAGAGAAACCUAAUACGAUUCGAAAGCUCCUACAACUUUAUCAAAGCAACUAUUCUACAUAGUAAUUUAACAAACUUUGUAAAUUCACUCGAAGAACACAUCAAAGGUAUUAUCGAAACGUACACUUAACAAUGAUAAUGAUGAAUACAAAGUAAUCAUUUAUCUAGUUCUAUUAUAUCUAACCAAUAACGUUUGUUAGUAACUAAAUUGAAAUUCAAACAACUUGUAAGCCAAUAGAAAUAUUUCAUUCGAUUUGAAAGCACGUGUAAAUCAGUUUAUUGGAAUUCAAAUUUUACAAAUUUACGAUAAAGUUAAAUCAAAUGACAUAUCAAAGAGUCCGUUGAUUAAAAAAACCAAAAUAAUUAUUCCUAUCAAAAUUCAAUCGUUUAACACGUAGAACCAACAAAAAUAUCUAAUACGAUUUAAAUUUAAUUUAACAAAAAAUUUGUACGAAACAAUAUAAUUCAUAUAAA